CUCCCAGGUAUGGUGAUUGUAUUGUCGUGUCACCUAGUUCGCGUGAUUGUUGAUUGAAGAGUCCUGUACAACACAGCUCCUAUACGCAUUCGAGCCUCUCUACAUCACCACGGUCGGCAUCAUCAAAUUCUCCGUUCUUCUGAUGUAUCAUCGUAUCUUUCCAGUCCGCCUUAUCCGCGUCAGGGGCAUCAUCCUCGCUACCAUCACUGUCGCCUGGGUCAUAUCCGUCGACCUUGUCGCCAUCUUUCAGUGCUUGCCCCUGGAGAAAGCGUACAAUACAACCCUGCCUGGUCACUGCAUAGACCUCAAAGCCGCGCUGAUUGGCAACGGGGUUCCGAACUUCGUCACGGACAUCUGCAUCCUUGCCCUACCAGGUCAGCUCAUUUGGAAAAUCCAAGCAGGUUUCAGCCAGAGGAUCUCAAUCUUGCUUGUCUUCCUGA